AUGAUAUCCAACCGCAAAGGUCGCUCUCUCACAACCACGAUAUUAUUUCUUUUAGUCGCCUACUUUUUUCUUGUUUGGCUGCCUCUCCACCAACUCUUCUCCCACAAAGCCCAGCCGACUGCCAUAGAAAAGCAAUGGCAUCGGCUCAACAAUAUUCAUAUAAAUAACUCAAUAGAGAGGUUUCCUGUUACCUCCUACAUCCCUCUACCGACAUCGCCAGUAUCGAUUCCCCGCAUUCAACACGACUUUCCUGUCGAAUCGCGACGAGAGCGCAAGGCGAGGCUCAAGAAGCGGGAAACUAUAAAACAAACAUUCUUGCACGCGUGGAGUGGAUACAAGGACCAUGCGUGGAUGCGGGAUGAGGUCUCGCCGUCAAGUGGCAGAUAUGAUGAUUCAUUUAGUGGCUGGGGGGCCACUCUCGUCGAUUCCUUAGAUGCCCUGGUCAUCAUGGGCCUCGAUGACGAAUUUGAAAUCGCUUUGGAUGCGUUGAAACGAAUCGAUUUCACGACUACUCCGAGCUCCUACGUCAACGUCUUCGAAAUUGUUAUUCGCUAUAUGGGGGGAAUGAUUGCAGCUCACGACCUUACUGAUGGUAAACAUCCCAUCCUACUCCAGAAAGCCGUCGAGCUUGGCGAAAUGAUUUACAACGCAUUCGAUACGCAUAACCGGAUGCCCCAAAUGCGCUGGGAGUGGUCUGAAUCGGCCCAAAAUCUGGAAAUCCAACCUGGUGAAGUCACCAAUCUCGCAGAACUAGCCUCAUUGACGGUUGAAUUUACCCGACUCACCCAAUUGACCGGCGACCCAAAGUACUACGAUGCUGUUCAGCGGAUCACAGACGUACUAGAAAAGAACCAACAAGAGACUCGACUCCCUGGACUGUGGCCGACAAUUGUUGACGCCGAUCAUCUUUGGUUCGACAACGCCGAAUUCACUCUCGGUGGAUGCGCCGACUCGGCCUACGAAUACUUGCCAAAAGAGCAUAUCCUUCUCGGUGCGCAGACAGAUCAAUACCGCAACAUGUACACCGAUGCGAUCGAAGCGAUCAAGAAGCAUAUGCUAUUCCGACCCAUGCUCAAGGACCAAGACAAACAAAUCCUCUUCACCUCAAACUUGGUAGUCAAUCGAGGUGGCAGUGUUCAUCAAGAACGGUUUCUCCAGGAGCACCUGAAGUGCUUCCUAGGCGGUACUGUCGGUAUCGCAGCCAAGAUCUUCAAUCGCACCGAGGACAUGUCCAUCGCACGAGAGCUUACCGACGGUUGUAUCUGGUCCUAUGACGUCAUGCCCACGGGAAUCAUGCCUGAAGCAAUGGAGGUUGCUGCGUGCGACGACAAGGACAACUGCCCGUUCGAUGAUGCCAAGUGGUAUGAAGGUGUGUGGGGAGACCAGCUGAAGACGGAUAGCGAACGACAUCAAGUGCAGAAGUUGAUCAAACAUGAGCGCCUCCCAGCAGGCGUGACUGUCCUCCGGGACUCGGCGUACAAGCUCCGACCCGAAGCCCUGGAAUCAAUCUUUAUCAUGUACAGAAUUACUGGCGACAAAUCGCUCCAAGAUGCCGCAUGGCGCAUGUUCAAGAACAUCGACAAGGCAACACGCACCAAAUUUGGACAUUCGUCCAUCGAAGACGUUCGUGACAGCGAGCCACAGUUGAGUGACAAGAUGGAAAGCUUUUGGCUCGCCGAGACGCUCAAAUACCUCUACCUCAUAUUUUCAGAGCCAAGUCAUAUUAGUCUGGAUGACUAUGUCUUGAGUACUGAGGCCCAUCCUUUCAAGCGUCCAAGCGGAGGCUUCUAA